UCUGACUCGCUGUACACCAACACGCUCCAUCCACCGCCGGACGCGUCCGUGCAGUUGCCAGGCCGCGCUCGUCCGAAAUCAACACUCCGGACGCCGGAAGAUGAGCGUACAGAAGAUCUGCAACUUACGAACGCGGCAGAUGAGUAGGGUCGAAGUAAGUCGUGUACAUUCGGAACUCACCCUCGUCGAGAUAGCCCCACAACCUCGCCCGCUGGGCGUGUACCACCUCAUCAGGGCCGUGCGUCCAGCUCGCCGGAACUUGAUCCGUCGUGACUUCGUCGGUUGCACGGCGAUCCGCGAACGCGAGCCAUGCGUCAAUUCACAGGCGGCAUCCGAGUCGAGCACGUCCUCGCGGGCCUGCUCACCGGACGUCGAUACGUCGUGUCUUCACUUGUCCGGCGGAGGCGCGGCGGUCAUUGGCAGGGAGACGGCGUGCGGUCGCAGGGACACUCGCGGGUCUCGAUCCCUGCGUCGCAUGCGGGUGAACAUCGUCGACCCACGGGCUACUCUCCGCAACGGUUCGCAACGCACCGGCCGCGGGAUUCUGGGUGUGCCCAUUGGGGAGACCGAGCGUACGGGAGAGCAACGCGGCAGACGAGUAACAUACCAGUUCGCCGGAAAUCGAUACGUCGUGAUUCCUUCGGUGGGGUUGCACUGCUCGGACGGCGGGGACGUGCGGCUGGAUGUCGCGUCUGCCUGGCCAUUGACAUGAACGUCGAGCGCGCCCUCGUGUUUCUGCUCGCCGGAACUCGAUACGUGGCCGAGGACGGGCAAUGAUUCGC